ACGAAGGUGCACCGGGAAAGCGGGGAGGGGGCCCGCCGGCUCCCUUCCUCCGCAGCCGCGAUGUCCGUCCUCAGCUGGAAGCCGUUCGUCUACGGUGGAUUGGCCUCGCUCGUGGCCGAAUUCGGGACCUUCCCUGUGGAUCUCACCAAAACACGACUUCAAGUCCAAGGUCAAAGCAUUGAUUCCCGUUUCCGAGAGAUCAAAUACCGGGGCAUGUUCCAUGCCUUGUUCCGCAUCUCCAGAGAAGAAGGCGUUCUAGCAUUAUACUCUGGCAUCGCACCAGCAUUAUUAAGACAAGCAUCUUACGGCACGAUCAAGAUUGGCAUAUACCAGAGUUUGAAACGACUUUUUGUGAACCGUUUAGAAGAUGAAACGUUAUUGAUCAAUGUCAUCUGCGGGGUGAUUUCAGGAGUCAUCUCCUCUGCUCUGGCUAAUCCAACAGAUGUACUAAAGAUUCGAAUGCAAGCUCAAGGCAGCCUGUUCCAAGGAGGCAUGAUUGGAAGCUUCAUAGACAUCUACCAGCAAGAAGGCACGCGGGGUCUCUGGAGGGGUGUGGUUCCCACUGCCCAGCGAGCUGCUAUUGUGGUAGGAGUUGAGUUACCAGUCUAUGACAUCACCAAGAAACACUUAAUACUUUCAGGACUCAUGGGGGACACAAUUCUCACACAUUUUAUCUCCAGUUUUACCUGUGGACUGGCUGGUGCCAUAGCUUCCAACCCCGUGGAUGUGGUUCGAACCCGCAUGAUGAAUCAGCGGGCCAUCGUGGGAAGCGUGGAGCUCUAUAGGGGAACAAUGGAUGGCCUGCUAAAGACUUGGAAAAGCGAGGGCUUCUUUGCACUUUACAAAGGAUUCUGGCCAAAUUGGUUGAGACUUGGCCCCUGGAAUAUCAUUUUUUUUAUCACCUACGAGCAGCUGAAGAGGCUCCCUUUUUAAGGUGCCCAUUUGGAUUGGCAAUCCCGCUGUCCUUCCUGCUCCCCUCCAUUUCUGCAUCUUCACGUAUUUCUUUUCUGGUCUACAUGGACUUUGUUUUACCCUCCACGUGCCGAGUGCUCAGUAUUGGGAGGGUGGCUUCAGGGGAAGGGGAGAAUGGGUCCACAAAUGCAGUAUUCAGUGCCCAGUGCAUGUGCUUUCCCCCAAGGAAGACGGUGGAACGUGGAGGGAGAGCACUUAUGUCUGUGUUUGUAUCUUCCAUGAAGAGAGCUUUGAGUCAGAAAUCCUUUUCACUGACAUGUGGCUUUUGCAGCAGGCAACCCCCCUCCCUUUGGCUAAUGCCAUAGGAAAGGGAAAUAUGGGGGCUGCUGCAGUCCUCCUUCCAGUGUCAUAUAACCCUAUUAAACUAUU